CCCAAUUUGUCUUGAUAUGUAUCGAUAAAAAUUAAGUUUCUGUAUAUAUAAAUUUUCAAUUAGUACUUUAAGAAUCAAUAAAGCAAAAAAAAAAAAUUACUAAGAUUAACUAGGAUUAAUUAUGAGUUCGAUACAAGCUCCGAGGAUUCCAGUCAUUGAUUUUUCCAAGAAAAUUCUAAAUCCUGGAACAAGUUCAUGGGACUUCACAUGCAAGAAGGUUAUGCAUGCACUAGAGUCGUAUGGUUGUUUUGUAGCAAUUUAUGAGCAAGUUUCUCUUGAAGUUUACAAUUCUCUCUUUCAUAAAUUGGAGGAAUUGUUUAAUCUUUCACUUGAGACUAAAAGAAAAAAUGUUUCAGAUAUACCUUAUUUUGGGUAUGUUGGAAAUCAACCUUUUAUACCAUCUCUCUAUGAAGGCUUGGGCAUUAAGGAUGCAGUAACACUCGAAGGAACUCGAGCUUUCACCAAUACCUUGUGGCCUAAUGGAAAUGAUGACUUCUGUGAAAUUGUGCACCCAUACACAAAACUAGUAGCAGAAUUAGAGCAAAUGGUGAAGAGGAUGGUGUUUGAAGGCUAUGGAGUGCAGUCCUACGAGUGUCUUCAAGAAUGGACAACUUACUUAUUUCGAAUGAUGAAAUACAGAGCCGCCGGGAAGGAUGAAGAUGAUAUAGGCUGUGAUGUUCAUACAGAUAAAAGCUUCAUAACCAUUUUACAUCAAAAUGAAGUCAGUGGACUUGAGAUCAAGACAAAGGAUGGUCAAUGGCUUUGCUUUGAGCCCUCUCCUUCAUCCUUCAUUGUCAUUGCAGGCGAUGCACUUUUGGCAUGGAGCAACAACAGGAUACAUGCACCAUUACAUAGAGUAGUGAUGAAAGGAAGUGAAGCAAGAUAUUCGGUUGGGCUAUUUUCUUACCAGAAAAAGAUGAUAGAAGUUCCUCAAGAGCUCAUUGAUGAACAUCAUCCUCUGCAAUUUAAACCCUUUGAUAAUUUUGGAUUACUACAUUACUUCAACACUGAAGAGGGGCAUAGGCAGGAGUCUACUGUAAAGGCUUAUUGUGGGAUUUAAAGGUUUUUCUUUUAUUACAAAGUCUGAAUAUGAAAUAUUUAUAUCUGAAUAAUAAGUUGGUUUUCUUUAGGGAAUCGAUUACUGCUAAAUAACAACAUUUAUGGUUCAUGUAUA